GCUGGAACAAGAGCACGCGUGCUCAUCCUGUAGUUCUAUUCCCACGAAUCAGCAGUUGGAGAAAUCUUCGGCUGGAGUUAGAGUGAGCAUUUUACUUCUGUGUCCUGAACUGCUCUAUCAUAGUCUGCACUUGGAUAUUUAGGAGGGGGUGCAUGCUCAUAUCCCUAGAUUCAAAUUCUGCAUUAGUGAUUUGUUUGGAUAUUGACCGUAAGCACCUUCUCAUCCAGAUUGAGCCAAAGGGUGUGAACUCAUCUCGGUCCAUUGACAUCGAUCAGCAAUCGGAGAAGCACAAGGUUUGUUCUUUUUUUCACAGUUUGGAAAAAUGAGUUUUCCAAGAAGUUACUGUUUUUCUUUCUGCUUUACUGUUUAUUCUGCUAAUAAAUAUAAAAGGAAACGAUACUCUGGUAUAGAAAACAUAUACUCUCUAAUACAACUUGUAUGCGCUGCCUCUAAUAUUGACUCUGGUUUUGAUUUGUAGAGUAUGUCAAGAGUGUCAGCUUCAGUGGAGAGAGAGCUUGUUCAUGAACAACCCACUGACGACGAUGCGUCUGCGCUGGCGUAUUUGGUUCGACGUCGGUGUCCAAACACGUAUCUCUUUUUUUAUGGACAUGCACUGGAGGACCGUGUUGUUCGGAUGACUUUUAUAGCUAAGCCGACCUAUUCCAGUAGGAGAAAAUACCUCAAUGACUUGCUAGAUGCUGAUCUUGUGAGCCUGAGUCGAGGUGACAGGAAAAGAUGGCAUAACAUGCGGGCUGCUGCUGAGGCUGCUGCUGAGGCAGCUGCUCAGGCUGCGAGGCUGCUGCUCAGGCUGAGCCUGCUGACCAUGCAGGCCAUGAAGACUAAACCUGAUGGUGCUGCCGGUUCUGUCUGUAGUUUAGAGCUGCAGUCGCUUAUCUACUUUCUACUAAUUCUAGAUCUUGUGAACUUAGGACAUUGUGCUUAUCAUGCCGAAUGUUUGGUGUUCUAAACUUUAGACAUUGUGUUGCUGUUUUAAUUACUCAUGUAUCAAUGUUGUGAACUUAAGACAUUGUGCUAGUCACUUUAGACGUUAUGUUGCUACUUUCGAUCACUUUCUUGAUUUUUGCCACGGUGGCGGUGCCGGCGCUGAGGUCUAGGAGCCUGAGCUGGGCGGCG